AUGUCUCAGCUGCAUCCCUGCGCCACGAAGAUGUUGUGGCUGGUGGCCACACGCUACUACGCUCCGAAGCGGUGGGAAGCCUAUGGAGCUCUCUUUGAGACCAUGGCACAGCUUGAGUGCUUUGCGGCCUUCCGUGGCUGCUACCCUCAAGGCACGCGCCAGGAGGCUGCCACGGUCCUGCCGGUCUGCCUGGCCUUUCGAGAGGAAGCGGAAAGGGUCUUUGCCUUGGAUGCCUACCUGGGGGACGCGGCAGGUCAACUUGGCAAAGAGCUUAUCAUCAGUCAAGAGGCCUUGAUUCAACUCAAGCAUCCCUGCUAUGAGACGGAUGACUUGUCCAAUUUCCAGGCGCACGACAUCCUGCGGCGCCAGGCGUUGAUGCCGGCCUCCAACCUUUUUGGCACUUAUGUUGGGGAGCUCUUUGCUGGGGACAGCCUGCAGCAACAUCCACACUUGACCGCCUUCUGGAUUCCAAGGUGGGUGGCCCCCGAUCUGCAUACCUUUGGGCUCUGCCGACGGCCACACCUGCUGAAGUGGUAUGCAUCCUUUGAGCCGCCCAGAAUUCCAAACAAUGUGCCUUCAGAAUGGAGAGACUCCUGGCUGGUGAACCUGGGCGCAGGCGAUGGCUCUUGCGAUCAGGACAUCCCGCGACAGGAUAACUUGGAGCGGAGCUUUCUGGGCUCCAACGACGUGGCCAACUGCCUCUUGCGGGAUGGAUUUGGAGGUUUUCUCUUCGAAGGGGAUGACAGGCACGAAGCCUUACUGCGCAACCUGACCCUGGGUCGAAGUGAUCUGGAGCUGCACCUGGGCUUUAUCGAUCCGGAGACCGUCGCCUCCAUCCUUCGACGAGCUUUGGCAGAGAGGCAGAGCUCACCUCAACUGCUCAAGGUGGAUGUGGACAACUGCGACUGCUGCUUCCUGGAGACGAUCCUGGAGACCGGGCUCAAGCCCCUGCUCAUCCAUGUGGAGGUUAGCCCACUGGUGCCGCCGCCCUUCGUCUACAGACCCGUGGCCUUUGAUGGGACGAUCUUCGAUUCCAUGGAAGCCCUCAAUGCCUCGGAGGGACGUAGAGGGCACAUGCGGCACUGCUCGCUCUCAGCGUUUGUGGAGCUGCUGGAGCCGUUAGGCUAUCAGUUGGUUUACUUCAACUACCAUGACGCCACCUUUGCACAAGAUGUGGUGGAAGCACCCGGGUGGCUGCAGGGCCGCAGCCCAUUGGAGGUUUGGUAUGGGCUCUUCUUCUGUCAUCCUAUGCGCUGGGUGGACCCAUUGGAGAUCCUUUACAAAGAGAAGUUCCUCUACGACUACCGGCAAUGGAGUGACCUGGACGUGCCGCUGCUCGAGAGGCUGAAACUUUUACAGCGCUACUUGGAUGCCUGGCGUGUGAUCGAAAGCUUCGUGCGGCACUACGCUGCCUUAGGAUUUGAUCGAGUGCUGCUCUACCUGGAUGACCCGGGUGAUUCUGCAGCAGACGUUUUGCAGAAGAGUGGCUGGGUCGAACGAGGCUUUGUAGAGCUUCUUCCGGUGGACGAUGCUUUGAAGGCCCAGUGGCCUUCCAUGCCCUCAUGGCGUGCGGGGGCCCGGGCGCGGGGCGGGCACACCGGAUGCACGCCCAGCACUGAAGAUGAUGCCAAGGAAGGGUCGGGCAGUAUGCCACCAUGGAGGUGCGGCUUUGACCAACAAGCAGGGAAAAGGUUCAAGGCUUUGCGAGAUACAUUGUGGAACUUCUUGUGCCUCCUGUAG